AUGUUGAAUGGGAUGCUUAGUGGCCAAAAGUUUUGUGAAACAUCAGCCAUUAAGAAAGCCUCUGGAGAAGAACGAACAAAAAUCUGCUUUUCAGGAUAUGUUCAGAACGCGACUGUUCAGCUUUCCAAACACAGUUUGGCGGAUUCGCUUAUUUUCAGAAACAAUCCUGAGAUUCCUCCAACUAUUGGGUCAGAUAUUAUCUUUCAAACUAUCGAAGACAAAUACACCAUUGAUACGUCCAGGGCGAAAAGCAAUAAGCCUGUCGUCUCAUUAUGCGCUCAGAAACUUGGACUACAAGAAGUCUCGUUAUUUACUUAUUACAGUAGAAAAUUAGACUAUCCAAACGGAAGGUCUCCUUUACAACCUUGUGAUAUUUAUUGGCAUAAUGUUGUUUACACAGAUCUAAAGUUUAUAGUAACAAACGCUAAUUCCAGAGUUAACAAAUUUCCCGGUAUGACAGAACUGGCAAAAAAGGUUGCACUGACUCGUGCAAUACUGUCAAUGAGAAAGCUGUUUGCUGAUGAGUAUAAUUUCUAUCCGAACAGUUGGUUUAUACCCGCACAGAUCAACGAGUUCGCUCAGCACUGUGAAAAAACUAGGCUCGGAAACCAAUCCGAAGCCGCUCAGCCGUGGUACAUAGUUAAACCCGAUGACGGUUCUCAAGGAGCUGGGAUCUAUUUAAUUCAAAAUACUGAUCAAAUAAAAGAUUUCACUUCACCACAGUUGGUUCAGGAAUACGUGUCUGAUCCGCUUUUAAUGUCAGAUGGCUUGAAGUUUGAUUUACGGGUUUAUGCGGUAAUAAAAAGUAUUAAUCCUCUGUCAAUUUAUGUUGCACGCGAAGGAAUGGUGAGAUUUUGUACCGAAAAAUAUGUUAAGCCUAAGCGAGAAAAUGCCGACAAUUUGUAUGCACAUUUGACAAAUUAUUCUCUAAAUAAGGCCAAUCAGUCUUAUGUUCACAGUUACACACUAAAGGAUCAGGUGCAUGCCAGCAAAAGACUGUUAUCGUCAGUUUUUUACCAAAUGGAACUAAGCGGUAUAAACGUUCGACAGCUCUGGCAUAACAUCAAAAUUAUUAUUGUCAAAACUGUGCUAGCUAUGGUACCAGAAAUUAUGCUCAAUUAUGAACACUGCUUUUGUGACUCGCCUGGACCUCAGUGUUUUCAGAUAAUGGGCUUUGAUAUUAUGAUAAGGGAAGACGAAACACCAAUACUGCUCGAAGUGAAUUCAGCGCCAAGUUUAACUAUAAAUCAUGUAGUCACAAACUCAAAUAACCUUAGCGAAAGUGAUCAGGAAGAGCUUCCAAAAGUACGCUCAGUUGUUGACGAGACAAAACAUUUAUUAAAUAUCUCCAAAAAUAAUGACCAUCUCAUUAUAACCUUUCUGCAGAUUUUUCCAAACCGCUACCGGCAAAACAGUGGACAUUUACUGUUUUUGGACAAGGCAAUGUACCUUUUUAUGCAGUUCGUUAAUCUUAAGCUCACUACAAGUAUCACGUUACCAGGAGCGCGUUCCUUCAUCAGGAAGUGUAACUUAAUCGACGUUAUGAGUUUUGACGAAGUAGAAAAUAAGUUUCGAAAAAUUUAUAUUGGUUUCACUGACGAAGAAUACUUCUGCAGUACGGCAGGAUUGCCUUUCCACGCAUUCCUGGAACUGUUGUAUGAUAUAGCGGAGUUGAAAUAUUCAGAGCUUAACACUCUUCUAGAGAAAGUUCAGGCGCUUCUUUCAUUUUGUGAUACCAGCCUUCGACACUACGGGAUCAGAUCUGCUCGUUUACGGAGAACAGAAAUUGACCGAAGCGGCAAAGAAAACUGCUUGGAAAUCUAUUUGCUGCCAUCAAGAAUUGCCGAAAAACGAUCAGGCCGUCAAGCGAAACGCCGUCGUACGGCAGAUCACAGAUGGACACAAAGACCGCGCUACAGUCAUUCACUUCCUCGAACUAUCAAUACAACAGAAAAUCGAGUGCGAGACUGCAGCCAGCAAGUGGUUAAACCUAAGGAGAAAAAUCUGACAUUACCAAAACUUCGACCACCUUUUGUUUUUGGUCCAAAUUGA